AUGAAAUUAAAUAUUAAAAAAAUCACUUUUAUACUUGGAAUAGUUUCAUCUCUUUUACUAUUUGUUACAGCAGUAAUGUUUAAUGAUAUAGAUUUUAUAUUAGGUUCCCAUAUUUUUGUAGGUUUUUUAUUUACUAUAUAUACCAUAUUUACUUUUUUAAUACCUAAUACAAAAAAUUCAAGAGAUUUUCUUUUGUCUUAUGCUGUAAGUACAUCAUGUAUUUUUAUAAUAUCUUUAAUGUUUUAUAUUGUUGUAACCAAAUAUAAUAUAGUAGGAAAUUGUCGUGUGGGGACCAACAAAUGUUUUCCAUAUAUUCUAGGAACUAGUUUUGGAUUUGGUUCUUCAGCUUUAUUUUUAUUUACAUCAAUUUUGUCCUUUAAAUUAGCACAUGUAUGGUAA